AUGGGCUGUGCUUCAUCGAAGGAGUGUGGUGACACCAUGAUGAAGCGUGUCACCACUGAGGGAGGAUGCCGUGAUAAUAGCAGGCCGAGUGCAUCUUCCUCUGUGUAUCAAUCGCUGAGUGAAGACGAGCUCAUUCAUAACGGCAUUGCCUGUGUGCAAGAAGCCUCCGUUACUAAGGACAAGUUACGUCGACAACAGUUGUUGAGGAAAGCUAAAGCGAUGCUGAUGGAAGCUCUACAGCGACAACGACAAGGGAAUCCUGGGCACGCCCCUAGAGAGGAUGAUGCGGUAACAGUUCACUUAGCUGCAGUAUUGCUGUCUUUGGGAGAGAAUCCUGAUGAUGUGAGGAAAAUAUUGGGGAUGUCGACUCCGCGAAAGACCCCCUUGAAAAGUAUGGGAGGUUCUUCAGGUGCACUGAUGACGAGUCCUGAGUGUUCCUGUCCAACCCCAGCAACGACGGCAACAGCGUCACCUAGUGGGGAGCGGCGAGUGGUAUCAGUACAGCUACUAGAGGAUGAAGGAUGCCAGUUGGAGUCGGAGAGGCGUGAGGUUGUCCACACCCAAAAUGUUGGACCUUUACCGUCGAUGCCAAUCAGAGUGGUCGAAAAUGAAGUGUCGUAUGAACCCAAGGAGUCACCACAGAGUUCGCCGCCUCUACCGAACUGUGCUCCAGAAGUGCUGUUGAAAUAUCACUCGUUAAUGCAGGCGUGUCCAUCCCCUGCUGCAUUUUCUCCGGUUCCUUCACGACGUGGCAGUGAGAGCGACUCUUUGCAAAUUUGGGUCGAUCAACGGCGAGGGACAGGGUCUCGACGAGAUGGGAGUAUUGAUGAAACGCCGUGUGGAUGGUAUGGCGAAUACGAUGAUGACGAUUCCGGAAUAGGCCAAGACGACUCAGUUUCGGCAAUUGAAUUUGAUCCGGAUAACGACGAGCCUCUCUCAGAUGAGAAAUGCGACGAGUUGUUAUCCGAGAUCGUCAGUCAGGCAGGCAGCUCGAUUGGCCACUCCCCGGCCUCAUCCGUGGGUUCUGAUUGGCAGAGCGCCGACUUCGACCCCUUACUGGACGACAAUCGCGAUAAGUCUUUGUCAGUGUUCCUUCACUGUGGUAUCACAGGAGAGUUGAUGUCAAAAUUUGACAUACCCUUGAGAGGCGAGAAUUCGAUCGAUCGACUCUAUAGCGAUUUGGAAGACUCCCUGCUGCAAAAUUGCGGUGUAGGGUUGGCGGACACCCAUUGGGUGAGGGAGAAUCAGAAGAUACGAUGUGACAAGCGGAUGUUGGUCUCGGCGUUAUCGGCGACGGGCCAGUGUCAGCUUCGGCUGUGUACAGUUCCUAAAACGCCGCCCGCUGAGAUGGACGUUUAUACUGGAAAUCCGCAGGGAGCGGGCAUACGAUUGAAGUCGUUGAUACCACAUAGUGUUUCCCCUGAGAGAUUAGUUACAUUAAUGUCGACUCCCCUUCGUCGACGGCUCGACUACUCUGUCGUAUUGGUAUCACAGAUGGAUUCGGGCAACUCAUGUUGGCUGUCGGGGAAGGCCCUCUCUAUUGAUUAUAAGGGAGGUGUCAUUCAGUUCACUCUCACUGUGGCUCAAGUCAAGAGUUUGCUUAGACGAACUCAAGAUGGGUUGUUCGAUAUCUAUUUGGUUGUCGACGGGUCCCUCCGUAGUGAGAAUCGCCGUACGGUUGUGAUUAUUGAGAACUCUGGUGUCGUCCCAGAAGGCGGUGUUGAUGACGGAGUUGAUAUGGAGAGUAGCUCGUGUGACUCCUCUGACGUUGCUUCCUGGGCUGAAUUCGACCCGAUACUAUGACAAGCUCUGAUGCUAUGAUCGAUUUGUCCUCAUUACUACAUCGCUGUCCUCAUUUUUGUAUGCGACCGAUGUUUCCAAUGUUGUCGUUGUUGUCGUGGCCGGUUACGUCUUCUCCUCAUCCACUUAUCGUUGUGAUCAGUCGGCCUUAUACUGUGAGUCUUGGGUGAACUGCAAUUGAGUAAAAUCGGGAAGGAUUCUAUGUCGAUUAAAUCCUCUUUGUAUUGAGGGGUGCUCUACAGAUGAUAGAACAACUCGUUUGCCCUUUACUACGUCCAACGCUUGUUGUUAGCGAAUCGUCGUAGUCAUCGGGAAACGAAUUCAGUUGGUAUUGUUAGCAUCGCUUCAA